GCAGUCGCCGGCGGCGCCGCCGCCUCAGAGCCUAAAGAAGGAGCCUCGGGGCGGCCGUAGGGUCCCCUCGGUCAUCGCCGUGUCCGAGACCAUCAACAAGUCGAGCAAGAAGGACGCCCGGACCAAAACCCCCCAGGGUUGUUGCCUGCUGGAAAUGUACUACUUGAAAACGUAUCGCAUUGUGUCUAAGCCAGGGUGAGGGGAAUGGGGCAGAUGAAACCCACUGUCCAUGUUCAAAUCAUGUGGAUACCAUGAUGUGCUGAGCACAGGCGAUACUGAGUUCUAGUUUUCCAUACACCUUGAAGACUGGUACUGCGUUUAAGGCUUUCUCAAUUGACUGAAAGAAAGAAGGUUUCCCUGGGAGAGGAAGACAAUGUGUUUUUACUUCUUUGCUUGUGCUUCAGAUAAGAAGAGAGUGAAGACAUUUGAGCAGCCCUCCCCACCAGUUCAAGAGGAGCCCGAGCCUGUCAGCUCUGUUCUGCAAGGAGAUGAAAUCCAGGCUCUGGCAAUCAAGGUGGAAGAUCUAGAGAAGCUCCAUACUCCACGCCUUCCCCAAGAAAGGGAGAAAACUCCUAUUACCAGGAAGUUCCUCAUUCGAAGACACAAACCCCAAGAGGCUGGGAAGAAGGCACAACUCCUGGUAGCAUAUCCUGCUGUUACUGCUGCAUCUAAGAGACCACUGAGUUAUUCUGGGCCAGAAGAACCCUUUGUUGGUAAUUGUGAACAAAUUCUCCCCCACAGCAUCUUAGGAAGUCUCCAGGAAUUCAAGAGAGAAGCUUUAGCUAGAGGAAAUGCUGAGUUAGCUGAGCUGAUUGCAGACUCAGAUCUGGAUGGUACAGUGGCAGCUUUAGAGAAGUACAGAGAGAAACAUGGGGAAGGGAAGAAGAGAAAGUCUCUCUGGGCCCCACCAUCACAGCACAGGGCCCUCCAGAACUGGCAUCAUAAUGUGGCACUCAGGAAGAAGCAGCAGAGAGUUCUGAGUAAGUUUCUUCGGAAACCAGAAAAUGAACUGCUGAUGAAUCUCUCAGAGGAUUACAGACGAGUCCAGGAAGAGCGGUAUCUUAUCGACCGGAGCCUCCCUGCUCUGCACUAUGGGAAAGGCUACCAUGUAGGAAGUGAGUUCUGGAGCCAGCCUGAGUGUAUUGGAGAUGAACUCACUGGUCUGAUGAUGACAUUGACCCAGAGAGAGCGAGGCUACCCAGAGCCUGUCACUCAUGUAGGGAAACCUCAGAGUGUCAGGACGGAGAUGGGUUCCAGAUCUGCAAAGGAGUCCCCUUUCCGUCUCACCUGGGAUAAGAGUCUCUUCCUGAAGUAUCGACGACAGGAGUUAAAAUCCAUCCUAGAGGAGCUGGAUUUUAAUCACCCUGACCUAGAUGGCCUGGAAGUUAUUGGUAAAGGGCAACCUUUCACUUCUGUCUCAGCACUGUAUUUCCCGCUGUGCCAGGAAAAUAAGGAAGGCACCACUGAAGAGAGAGAGAGCCUCAGUGAUCCCUUAGAAGAUUAUCCAGAUGUGGUUCCAGAACCAGUAUUAGGUCCAUCUUUGCAGUUUUGUGGAGAGCCAGCUCGUUGGAUCAAUAGCACCACUUCUCAUAGGGAUGAAAUUGGCAUUGCUGCCCGGGUCACCUUUGAAGUUUUGGCGGGUGAGAAAGCUGAAUCCUGCCUGACAGUAAGCAAUGAUGGCACAGCUGCCAUAUGGUAUGAUUGGCGGAGGCAAGCCCAGUCUGUUACCUUUGAAGAAACUAAGGAGAAAGGGAUUCCGUAUUUUUACUUUAACACCAGACCAGGUGUCAUUCUGCCUGGGGAAACUAGAAACUUUUCCUUCUUUUUCAAGUCGGGGAAGGCAGGAAUCUUCAGUGAGUCCUGGGAGUUUGGGACUCACCCCAUGUUAUUAGGAGGGGCUGUCCUACAGGUGUCCCUGUGGGGCAUUGCUUUGUAUGAGGAUAUGCUGGCUGGCCUCAGAGAUGAAUUGGAGAGUGAGCUGGCUGCGCGAGAAGUUGCUGUCAUAGUAAAGGAGAAUCUGAAGGAGCUGCUUGAUCGAAUUCGGACACCGGAGCGAGUCCCAUCUCCUGUGGAUGCUUAUAUCACAGAGGAAGAGUUAUUCCACAGAAAGAAUCCAGAGUUGCACUAUCAGCACCAAGUGGUGAAGGAGCUCCAUGAAUUGUGGAGGCAAAACAUGAAUUUUCCCUCAACUUCAGAGGAAGAGGAGAUUUGGCGCCAGAAGAGCGUAGUGCAGCCAGUCUCAGGCCAUAAGAGCAUUGUACAGGAAAUUUGGUGCCGGAAGAGUGCUAUUGACAUUGCAUGUCAGAAGAGUGUUACCGGGGAGAUCCCACGCCAGAAGAGUAUUGCGGAGGAGAUCCUAAGCCAGAUGAUUAAUGUGGAGGAGGAGGAAGUGAGCCUGCAAGAGUGGAACCUUUCCUUUGAGGAUUUUAAACAGGCUUUGCAGUUAAUCCCUGAGGAGGAAAAACGAGAAGCAGCCCUGACUCAGCUCAAUAAGGCGGCAUUGGCACUUUGUGUUGAACAGAGGCCAACUCAGUCAGACCUCCUGUACCAAACAUGUUUCCAGCUGUGGCGUGAAGCAGUUGAAGGUCUGGUGAGCCGCUCCCUAAUGCUGAGAUCCCUGCUCGGCAUGCCUGAGAAGGACACUUCCGUAGAAAGUGUUCCAGAAGAAAUAGUGGAUCUGAAGCAGAUUGUAAAAGGAGGAAAGGAGGACCGGAAAGCCUUGCAGAAAGAAGAGAAGAAGACAGCUGGGGGGAAGGAAAAAGAGGACAAAAAAGGAGCAACAAAGUCAACAGGAAAAGAUAGAGAGGAACGUUCAAACAGCAGGAAGACGAAAGGGAAAGAUGAGAAAAGAGUAAGAACUCCAAGUUUCGCACGGGAGGUGAAAGAAUUGACACUGCUGGAUAGCGUAGAUUCAGACCAAGUAGAAUCUCGCCAGGAACAAGUAGAUCCCAUUGUACUUGAGAAAUACCGUGAAAAACUUUAUGUUGAAGUCUAUGGCCUGCUGGAUUCAAUGGUGUGCAAUAUGGUUUUUCUAUUUGAAGAGCUAAAGAGGGAUGCCCAUGAGCGGGGGAGUGAAGCAUUUUCUGUCUAAAAAUACAUUGUUGUUGUUCUUUUUAAAGAAAUAAAUAUUCAUGUUUAUGCA